AAGGUUGCGCAGUCUCCGCCCCUUCGACGAUCAUGAGCGAACCAACAGACACAGCUAGUGAUGCCCCCAGCGUCACCGCAGACAGCAAGCUGGCGGCCACAGCUGGGAAGAAGCAGACCAAGAAGAAGGUGGAGGAGGUGGUAGAAGAGGAAGAGGAAGAAUAUGUGGUGGAGAAGGUUCUGGACAGACGGGUGGUAAAGGGCAGAGUGGAGUUCCUUCUCAAGUGGAAGGGCUUCUCAGAUGAAGACAACACAUGGGAGCCACAGGACAACCUGGACUGUCCUGAUCUCAUUGCAGAGUACCUGCAAAAACACAAACCAAAUGACAAGAAAGAGUCUAGUGGAAAGAGGAAAGGAGAAUCUGACACAGAUGGUGGGGAAGACAGCCGGCACAAAAAGAGGAAAGAUGAGCAAGACAAGCCGAGGGGCUUUGCACGUGGGUUAGAACCAGAGCGCAUCAUUGGAGCCACAGAUUCCAGCGGCGAGCUCAUGUUUCUAAUGAAAUGGAAAAGCUCUGACGAGGCAGAUCUCGUUCCGGCAAAAGAGGCCAAUGUGAAGUGCCCACAGGUGGUCAUCUCAUUCUAUGAAGAGCGACUGACAUGGCACUCCUACCCUGCUGAGGAAGAAGAGAAGAAGGAUGACAAAAACUAGGCCUGUGAGGGAGAACGAGAGCGGUGGCAGGUCAGGGCCGUGUUAGACUAGUUUGGGCAGGGUGGGGGGAAUUCGGGAUAUGGGCAGUUCAAAGAUGGGGAAACAGACACCCAAAAGCUCUUUUACUCUCAAUGCCAUAAAACCUGGACUCAAUAUAUAUUCAGAGCAAGAUAUGCAGACGUGGAGUCAUCUUUAGUGGGCAGAAGUGAAUGUUAGUCAGAAUACUGACCACCGUAAGAAACACAGGAUUACUGUAUUUCCUCUGCUUCUCUUUCUGAUGGAUUAUGGGAAAUGGGGUGUAUAUAUGCUGCAGUAGUUGCUCAGUAGUUAUUCCCGGCUGAUAAAAAGGUGGUUGACGUCUGAUGAGGUAUGAUAUGCUAAAUGUGGUGAAUCCUAUGUGCACAUCCUCAUACCUUCUGUUUUUUCAGUCUAAAUUGGAACAUUUCACUGUGUAAUACGCCACCCUAAGUUAAAACACAGUAAGUACACAGCAAUUAAAACUGAGAAGAAAAACAAAAAA